AAAGAAAUUAAUGAAGAACAUUCAUUUCAUAUUGAUGUAGACAUUACUAUCUCUCAUUAUUUGAAUCAGUUAGCUGAUUUUUUAUGCGAUGAUAAUAAUAUCAUUAAUGAUCAUGAAAUGCUCUAUCCAUCUGAUGAUAAUUCAUGA